UUGUAAUCUGAAUCCACUUCUGGAUGGUUAUAUAACAGUAUUAGAAUAAUUUCAGCUGCUGCUCAUCUGGUAUUUGUGCAUUAUGUGUUCCUCAUUAAAGGAAGAGAGAGCCUGGAUUACUACUUCUACACAGGACACUGGAACCAAAUAAUCUUGUUUCUGAAACCCAGCAUUAUUCCUGUUCCUCUCUGUUUCCUCUGAAUAUUACUGAACAUCAAAUCUGUAAAGGAUCUCUAAAUAAAGGAGACUGAGAACAGGUGUGUCCAUAAGCAGUGAAUGGAAGAAGGCUAUAGAAAUAAUUUCCAAAACUUUAGCACAGAAACACACUCUGUGUAACACGGGAUUGGGUCAAAACUCAGGAAUUGCUGGACAAAGUACAGCUAUACCAAAGUAGUCUACACACACUCUGGGAUAUUUUAUGAUAUCAGUUUUUUGCACGUUUACAAGACUUACUUUGGAGUUUUUUGUUUCACUUGUCUGUCUACAAUCAAAAUGUGAAGCUCAUUAUAUACUGUGGUGUAUCUAGGCUCCUCCUGUCUGCAAAACACUGUUCAUGAAUUCCAGGCAGGAAUCAUCUUGCUGUUGUAGAAAACCCCAAAGGAUCAGAACUGAUGACCAUCUUGGAAAAUGAUGAUACCCAGCUGUUUAGUCUUACUCUUGGUUUAAUGGUGUUAAAUUAGAUCAGUCUUCAUUAUGAUACAGUUCAAAGCUGCUCUGGGAGAGACAGCAAGGAAGAAGAUGAAUGAAAACGUUGCUGUCUUCCUCUUGCUAAUCCUACCCAACAGUAUCCAAUUUCAAAUCUUUAAGACCAACACAACAGGUUGUGAAAUCAUUCGGCCACCACGAGAAGGAGGUAUCCGCUACCGUGGACUAACACCAGAGCAAGUACGAACAAUAGAUAUGCUUCCUGUGGACUAUGAAAUUGAGUAUGUGUGCCGGAAUGAAAGGUUUCUCCAAGGACCUAAAGUACGGAAGUGUCUGAUGAAUGGCACCUGGACAGACAUGGACAGACCUACUCGAUGUUUGAGAAACUGCUCCAAGAUGUGGUUAAAUCUGGAGAAUGGACGACCUAUCAUUCACAACAUGGAACUUGUCCCAUUAGAUGGAACCACGGUAGAAUAUCGAUGCAACCCUGGCUUUGAAUUAGUAGGAAGCAUCCGAAGCCAAUGCAGCAAAUCAGGAAAAUGGGAUCAUCCCAAACCUGUCUGUGAAUGUAAUGGCACACCUCAUCAUAAAAGGAAGCCCCUUUACAUUGGAGCACUGUUCCCCAUGAGUGGGGGCUGGCCAGGGGGUAGAGCAUGUCGCCCUGCUGUCGAAAUGGCCCUGCAUGAUGUGAAUACAAGGAAAGACAUCCUGCCGAACUAUGAACUGAAACUCAUCUACAACGAUAGCAAGUGCGAUCCUGGCAUGGCUACAAAAAUCCUGUAUGAACUGCUUUACUCGCAUCCUUAUAAAAUUAUACUGAUGCCUGGCUGCAGCAGCGUUUCCACUUUAGUAGCAGAAGCAGCUCGUGAGUGGAAUCUGAUUGUGCUAUCAUAUGGCUCUAGCUCUCCAGCACUGUCCAAUAGGGAAAGGUUCCCGACCUUCUUCAGAACUCACCCAUCUGCCACCCUUCAUAACCCAACCAGAGUAGAGCUCUUUAAGAAGUGGCGGUGGACCAAAAUUGCAACCAUCCAACAGACGACAGAAGUUUUCACAUCAACACUGGAUGAUUUGGAAGAGAGAGUAAAGGCAGCAGGGAUUGAAAUCAGUGUACGGCAAAGUUUUCUAACAGACCCUGCUGUUGCAGUCAAAAACUUAAAGAGGCAGGAUGCCAGGAUUAUUGUUGGCUUAUUUUAUGAGACUGAAGCUCGCAAAGUAUUUUGUGAGGUGUUCAAAGAAAAGCUAUAUGGGAAGAAAUACGUCUGGUUCCUGAUUGGCUGGUAUACUGACCACUGGUACAAGCAAGAAGAUGCAGCUAUUAAUUGUACAAUAGAGAAUAUGACAGAAGCUGUGGAGGGACAUGUGACAACAGAAAUUGUAAUGCUUAACCCUGAGAACACCAGAGGAAUAUCAAACCUAACAUCACAAGAAUUUAUACAGAAGCUGAAUAAUAUUCUCGGUGAAGGUGCUGAGCUCAAAGGAGGCUAUCAGGAAGCCCCCCUUGCCUAUGAUGCCAUUUGGGCUCUAGCGCUUGCCCUCAAUAAAACUGCCCAGGAACUUGCAAAGAAAGGCCAGUGGCUAGAGGAGUUCACCUACAACAGCAACAAGAGCUUUACAGAAGAAAUCUACAAGGCCAUGAAUUCUUCGUCCUUUGAUGGAGUCUCUGGGCACGUCGUCUUUGAUGCCACAGGUUCCCGAAUGGCCUGGACUAUGAUUGAACAGUUACAAGGAGGAAGUUACAAGACCAUUGGUUACUAUGAUACCACCAACAACAACCUCUCCUGGUUCAACAGUGACAAGUGGAUUGGUGAUUCGCCUCCUGCAGACCAUACAAAGGUGAUUCCCAAAUCCCGCCUCUUAUCUCAGAAGCUUUUUGUAUCCAUGUCUGUACUUGCUGGGCUUGGAAUUCUUCUUGGAAUUAUAUGCCUGACGUUUAACAUCUACAACAGCCACAUCCGAUAUAUUCAGAAUUCCCAGCCUUACUUGAACAAUAUGACUGCCCUGGGCUGUAUUUUGGCACUCGCUGCUGUUUUCCCACUGGGACUAGAUGGAUAUCAUAUCGAACCAUGGCAUUUCUCCUUUGUCUGCCAGGCUCGCGUCUGGCUCCUGGGUUUGGGAUUUGGUUUGGCAUACGGCAGCAUGUUCACCAAAAUAUGGUGGGUUCACACCCUGUUUACCAAGAAGGAAGAGAAGAAAGAGAAACGGAAGCACCUGGAGCCAUGGAAGCUCUAUGCAACUGUUGGCGCCCUCCUUGCUAUUGACGUCUUGACCCUUGCCAUCUGGCAGAUUGUGGAUCCCCUUCAACGGACAGUGGAGGAGUUCACCAAAGAGGCUCCAAAGGAGGACAUUGAUGUGCUUAUCUUACCACAACUGGAACAUUGUAGCUCCAACAAGAUGAACACCUGGUUGGGUACAGUUUUCGGUUACAAAGGGCUCUUGCUUCUUCUUGGUAUCUUUCUUGCUUAUGAGACAAAAAGUGUUUCCACAGAGAAAAUUAAUGACCACCAUGCUGUGGGAAUGGCUAUCUACAAUGUAGCAGUUCUCUGUCUGAUAACUGCUCCAGUGACCAUGAUUCUUAGCAGUCAACAAGAUGCCUCCUUCAUCUUCAGUGCUCUUGCUAUUGUCUUCUCGGCCUAUAUUACGCUUGUGGUCCUCUUUGCACCCAAGAUGCGUCGACUGAUCACACGAGGAGAGUGGCAGUCUGAGCAACAGGACACCAUGAAGACUGGCUCCUCCACAAACAACAAUGAAGAGGAGAAGUCAAGGCAGCUAGAGAAAGAAAACCGUGAAUUGGAAAGGAUUAUUGCUGAGAAAGAGGAGCGUGUCUCUGAGCUGAGAAGAAAUCUCUAUGAGAGGAGACAAUUGCGAUCACGUCGACUUUCCUCAGGCCAGCCCAAAGAAAGUUUGGACAACCACUUUAACAACACUUCUAGUCCCAUUUCCUCUCUGUACCAGCCUGGGUUGCCAUUAGUCAAGUGCUUGGUAUCAGCAGAGCAGACUGAAAAAGUUGGCCGAAGCAUACGUGAUGGCAGCCAUGUUCAGUUACUGUAAAUGUGGAGAAACACGCUCCAGGUAUUUAGUGUUAAGCUCAUCUGGGAAAACUCGGUGACUCUGAAACCUGUGAAAUAUUUUAAGGAAGGAGAAUGUGCAAAAGGACUCGGGUCUCAGGACAUUGUCACAGUGCUGAGCUUAGCACAACGUCCUGCUUCUCCAAAACCAAAUGCCCCUGAGCUGGAAAUCACAGUUAUUGUGGUACAAAAGGCAGAGUACUGGAUACUCCAGGUGAUUAUUUGGGCAGUUUUACUAAGAGAAGGCAUUCCAGCUGAAUCCACACCCACAUUCCAGAGCAAUGUAGAAGCACACCUUCAGAUCAGUUUGAGGGUAAAAGGCAAAGGCACUGAGUAAGACUGUAGUACUGUCCAUUCAUAGAUAUGUUGCAUCAGCAGGGUGUGAUGUAACUCACUGAGUAUGUCAUUUUGGUAGAUUUUCCCAGUUAGAAGUUUUUCACAGCCCUGCCUUACCCUGUUGAUGUUUGAUAGAACUGAACUGUAAUUAAAUUAAUACAGUAAAUGAAUCUGUCAAAAUAUGUAAGGUGGGUGUGCAGUGUAAUUUGUUUUUUUUUUUUAAUUUUGCAGGAAACAAGGAAUACAAAACUUGUGUUAGAAUGUCUUAGUCAUCAGAAUAAUAGCAUUGUUUUAAAAUCAACUGAUAUUAGAAGAUAAAAUAACAAGUGACUUUAA